AUGAACCCGCAGCAUCUCAUGGCAGGUCCCAAGGCCAGUGCCAUCCAACAGGCCGUCCUCGGAUGGCCAAAGAUCCACGAAUGUCAGGACUUUGUGGUGCCUGCCGCCCUCGACCCGGCUUGCCUCGCGGUCAUCCCGGACACAGUAGGCAUCCUCUGCACCAUCGACCCAACACGCUGUGCACACAUCACCGCCACCGAGUCCACGAUGCGGAAACACCGGCAUCAACAGCACCGGGAUCUCCUCCGAGACCACGCUGUCCGGCCCGACGAUGGUCCUCCGCCCCCAAGUGCUCAAGGGCCCCGUCACUUGCCCUUUACCGAGCCUGUUCGUUAUUGCCGGAUCUUCGCCAGCUCCCGAGACUCGCACUUUAUACUCCUGGAGCGUCUCGGCGCCUGGGAUGAGGCCGAUCCUGCCGAUCCUGCCAGUCCUGCCGAUCCCCUCACAGCAUUGGUGACGCAGCUUCGAGCCUCGCUCACAGCGCGAUCGGUGCCUGCACCAGAGGUUCAGCGCCUCCAGUACGACGAUGCGAAUCCCUGGCUCCGUCGCACCGGUUGGUCGGCAUAUCUAGCUGGGCAAUCCCUCUCGGACCUCCGUACGUCGAUCCAACGCCCAGACGCCGAUGACCCCCGGCCCCAGGCCCACAUCGCCAACGCCUUGUGUUCUGCCCUGCAUGCCGCUGCCCGAGCGAGCCAGCAAGCAACUGCCGCCAGCGGACGGAUGAUCCGUCUCGAGAUCACUCGCACGGAACGGGAGAAACAGCCCGCCAAGCCGUUAGAGGCAUACCUUCAGUUCGAGUCCCUACUCCGACACUGUGAGCCCUGGGAGAAUAUCCUGCUCUUCUUCCUCCGCAACGGCCCCCACGGCCACUCCUCAGGCCCCAGGUUCCACUUCACGCCGACCCAGCGACGCGCGUGGGACCAACUCUACGAAGCCGCCACGCAGGCCCCCAGUGUUCCCCCCACGCAGUCCCCUAGCCCGGCCCCAACCCCGCCUGGGAAGCCUCUGCCAGCGCAUCCGUUACUACCUCCACUACCCCAGGCCUGCCUGGAUUUCUGCGUGUCGCUACUGCUCCAGAACGCCGCUGCGGAUGAAUAUGAAUGUACCUUGGUGGACGCGCUCGCGGUCCUCGGCCUCGGUGCCUCCGGGUGGUUGACAAUAGACUCAUACCCUCCCAUCCUGUCUUCUGUGAUCAAAAUCGCACGGUUCAUGAUCGUUCAGAAGGCCUUGCAGCUUCACGUCCCGGCCGCUACGCCCAGGGAAGAUGAGCCCGCGGCCAGCCUCGAGGACAUCAUCCGGCAGGCGGACCGAGAACCCGAGCUGACCCCAAUCCGCCAGAUCCAGCACCUGGUGCAGCGCUAUCUGAUCCGUGGCACAUCCAGCCCGAUGCAAUGGAUGAUCGACCUCCGGACCUACGGCCGCAGCGCCUUCACCCAGAGCACCAAACCCGGCCAUAUCUCCUGGACCGGGACCGACCGACUGCUGUACAAGCAGCUGAACUUCACCAUGUCGGAGUUCACCACCUGUGUGCAUCAGAUCUCCGCCGAUGUCCGCUAUCGGCUGGUCCACCAUCUGCUCCUCCAGGACCCUCGGGGCCGUUCGACCAUCCCUGCCAUCCCAUGGGACACUCUCUACGACGACCCCUCGAACACCGCGGUGCAAUACAGUUUCCUCACGCACGACACAACUGUCUGGCCGGUCGACGGCCGUGUGUGGCUCUUUAACCAGGUGACUGAUCUUCCCACGCACCGGCAACGCUUCUUCACCGUCAGGCGCAAAGAGCUCUCGCCCAUCGCCACAGACCAAUACCUUGACCGGGUCGUCGAGUUCCGUGAACAGCUGGCGAUCCUGAUCCACCUGUAUGCGGGCCAACCUGCCCGAGCCACCGAGCUGCUGAGUCUCCGACAUCGGAAUACUCAGGCGGGGGGUGUUCGCAACCUUUUCAUCGAGGACAGUCUGGUUGCCCUCGUCAGCCGCUACCACAAAGGAUAUCAAUUCUCCAACGAUGUGAAGCUCAUCCAUCGAUAUCUCCCCCGGGAGGUUGGCGAGCUGGUGGUCUGGUAUCUUUGGCUGGUGCUCCCAUUCGCGGAUCUCCUGCAGACAAGUCGAGAUGCACGAACCCAGAUCCCUCCGAAACGUGAACGAAUGGAUUAUCUUUGGCCUACGGACCCCAACGGCGGUAGUUGGGACGACAGGCGUGUUCGCAAACACCUCCAAGACGCAACCGGUAAAUAUCUCAACGGGCAGGUGCUCAAUAUCCAUGACUAUCGAGAUGUUACGAUUGGUAUCAGCCGUCGGUACCUCCAGGCCUCGAGUCAUUUCCCCAACGACAAAAGCCAGGAGGAGCAUGAUCCGGAUGACAUGGCGAAGCCGAAUAUGAAUCUGGAUCCGGACGCCUGGAUGUCGCACAUCCUCGACCUCCAGGCCGCGCAUUCCUCCCACAUCGCCGGCACCACCUACGGACGUUCCAUAGACGAGCAGCCCGGCACCACGGCCCAUCGUCGCCAACUGUUCCGGCGAUCGAGCACGGAUUGGCAUCGGUUCCUCGGCUUCACCAGCGCGGUCCAAUCCGCUGGGUCAAAGGAUCCCACCGCACCAUAG